UUUCUUUAUUUCUCGCACACGCAUUUAACAUAGUACUUUUUGCUCAUUCUGCCAAUAGCAGAUGCCACGUUUGACAAUUUUGACGUUGCUGUCUUUAUCAAAUGUACUGUUCAGGUAUCUGUCUGUCCCGCUAAUAAAAUCCAAGCAUAUUUCACACAGAUCUUUUACCGAAUCUUCAUCUAACUAGAUUAGUUUUAUUUUUUUUAUUUCGAUCCUCAUUAUUUAACGUAUCCAUUAAAAAUAUAAUUUUCAUUUUAGUAACUAGUUUCAGUUAGUCGUAUAGUAAACGUCUCGAAAUUAAUAACGUUAAGUAGAACGCAAUACCGUAUGUCUUUAUUAGCUCGCAAAAGUUAUUCAGCAAGACGUAAAUUUAUAUUACAGCUAUUACUUGAUCUCUUCCGGUAUAUCUAUUGUCCCCUUGUCUGCAAUGCCGUACUAUGCUUUCUCUCUUAUACUCUAUGGAAGUGCAAAUCACUUUAAGCAUAACUUUCAUCUCGUUCGACACUUAAUGUACCGGCAUUUUAACAUAAGCAAUAAGUGGCGAAAAAUAAGUUGCAGCCGUAAUUAAUUAUCGAACUGUUGGGGAGCCCCAUUAACGAGUCGAUAUUAAUUUAGAGUCGGUGUCGUCUUAAUUCACUAAGCUGACCGGUGACGCGAUCCGUUUACCCAUAGUCAAAGUUUAUGUCUUAUUAAGUAAUCACUCACUUCAAAUACUUUUCAGUGAUGCAAAACGUGUACCUCAAACUUGGGCCGUCUUUUUAUUGUGAGAUCGGGGUUUAUCCAAAUCAAGCUGAUCCUUCAGGUCACACCUCAUUCUAGCCCCGGCCUGAUUUGAUCCUUCAUACUUUCCACAUAAAGUACUCAUGAAAUUAAAAUUUAAUUUCUUUACGCUUGCUAAUAUUAGUCAAACACUGUAUAUAUACAAAUUCGAAACGCUACAUUGCAACAUCUAUAUUUGAAUAUAGGACCAUCAAAGCAUUUCGCAUGAUAUACGUUAUUCGAAUCUAAUCAACUUCAUACAAAUUGAGUAAUCCGCCAGGCAUCCUGAAGAAAAGUAGCAGGCGCGUUUACAAACUGAGAUCUCAGUAGCUUUGUUGGCGGGGUUAAUUCAAACUUGGCGAUUCCAACUCUUCCAGCGGGAAGCGGCUCGAGUAGCGGGCAGGUCCGUCAGGGCAGAUCUCUCAAUGAAACAUAAUUUCGCCGUUUAGAGGGUCAACUUGAAAGACGAGCGCAACUGACUUGUAUUCAUCUACAGAUCCGUGUUAAGAAAAGUGUCAAUAUAUUCAACCUAAAUCACGCCCACUACAAAACAUCCUUUCGCAAUUUUCGAUGCAGCAAUACCAGCCUGACUGUAGAUUUGGACUUCGCCAUUUACCGCCCGUAGGCAUCUAGUACUUCAUUUGCUUCAAUGCAUUUUUUUCUUCAGCAUGGACAGGUCCGACCCAGACAGAAAUCUAUGCCGUUGCGCUUAACCACUUCGGUUUACGAUACCAACAUAUAGCGAUGUGUAUAUCAAAGGCCAGGAAUCUCAGUUGUUAUGUCGGGGUACAUCGCAGUUAGCUAUAAUAAAAUCUCGCAAAGAUCUUACGUCUUUUUCUUUUUUGCCAGUUACGCUUCUCCUUCGGAUCUUCCUUUCGACCACCAGCUCGCUGUUAACCACACCGUGAUGCGCAUGCGCCCGAACCUGACUUAGCGUUCCGUUUCAUGGCUCGCCUCUUUAAUAGCUGGUGAUUGAGGAUACAAGUUGUAGUCGUUGCUGAGUGUCGGCAACUCGAUUUGUGUUACUCCUGCUGCAGCCGCCGGCGCCGCCGCCGCCGAUGUUUCGUAGUUUGGUUGCUGUCGCCGCUGGUGAGCAGCACAAGACGGCAGCACCUCAUUGGGCGGCGACGGACGGAUGGACGAGCAAGCUGACGCCGUUGCACGAGACACAGACAGCAUGAAAUAGAGCGAGUUCGUUAACUGGCAUCUAGAAGUACAACACUCGCUCUUGCUGCUGCAGCGGCCAGUUAGCGAAAGGAAGUGGCUAGAGGCCGCGGCCGUCGACAACCGAGACCCCCACAGUACCACUGAGAAGUGGUACUCUGCGAUCAUUGUUCGCCGGCACUAACAGAAGCAAGCAACCUAGCCAGCGCUAGGAAACCAAUAGGAAUAGGAAAAGAGACGAAGUUAAGCGCGCCACGUUGUGUCGGCUAUCCCCAUUGCCGCUGCUCCUGCUGUUCUCAGCCGCAGCCGGUCGUCGUUUUACUUCUCAUAGUAGCAAAAUAACGCAAGCAGACAACUGCAAUAGUGUGUCAUUGUUGCCGGCACUGUUACGCGGCUGCUACUGUUGUAGCAGCUGUCGUCGACCGGUGGUGUCGCCGACAGACGAUACCGCCGCUGUCCCGUUUACUGUCACUGAGUUGUAUCGUCAUCGUCUGUCGUCCGUCGUUGAUGAACGUACUGUUGCCUCUCUCCCCCACACCCGGCGGUACCGUUUACAUAUUUGUUCGGUUCGUGAACAAUUACCGCUGCCGCCUCUGCUGCGACAGACGUAGUCAGCUGCAGCAGUACACGAGUGGGCUGCUCUCGCUAUUGCUCUUUUAAGUUCUAUUCGAAUCUAUCCUACGUCUACUCUAUUAUUGUUGCUUUCAGUGGUGAUCUCUGUAGCAGACCGACACACUCUGUCGUGUGCGCUGCUGGUAGUAGGCGGCAGUUGCUGCCGCUCCAAGUCGACUGUCUCGCAGACCUCUCGUUGUGUUGUGAUUGCUCUGUUCUAGUAUUUCUGCCGCUGCUGCUGCUGCUGCCGCUGCUGCUGCUGUCGUCAGUGGGGGCGGCGGUGGGGGGUGAAGCUGGUGCUGGUAAAGUAGUCGUCGAUCUGGUCCGCCGGUAGUCGCCUGCCGCCGGCUUCGGCUGGUCCGAUAACACUCGCUUGCUCCCUUCGGUGUUUGACCGGUGGCUACUGGUGCAGUUGUUGGGUCACCGCAACUGCUAUUGCUACUGCUGCCAGUUAUAGCAGGUGCUGCUGGACCCGGUGAUAGUUGUGUCGGAGCUGAUAGCAGCCAAAGGUAAAUGAUUGUGCUAUUAGAAAUUGGUCAGAAAUCGGAAAAAUCAGCCUUACGACGGAGAACGGUCUACAGUUGCCUACGGAGCGGCGUGUGCUAUUUUUGCUGUGCACUAGUGCUUACCAUUGGCGAGCCGGCGCCGACUCAGUUAACUCCAAGUCAAAUUGAAGGGAAAGAAAUUCCUCGUUCUCAGUGUUGAAGUGAAUCGUCGUCGUCGUCAUCAUCAUCAUCGCCACCACUACCACCUUUUUUGUUGCAAGUGUAUUUUGCGUCUCGUGCUCGUAAAGUCAACGAGAGUUGUCGCAGCACCAACAUCAAGAUUUUGCAAAAUGACGUCGGCGGACGUGGACGUCGGUCAGACCGUUGGUGAGGUAAGUUCAGACAACAACUCAACUGACAAAAACGUGCGAAGCAAUAACUUCAGUUCGAACCGAUAGAGCGCUUCCUGUGGCGUUGCUGCAGAUAGACCAUCCAGUUUACCCAUAAAAUCAGCUAGAAAUUAAACCACGAAGUAAACACUCGUCAAGCACUAGACUUUUCCAUGUUGCAUCUCGUAGAAAAGUAUCGUAAAUCUUCGAUUCCCUCGAUUUCCCAAAUGUCAACAACGUAUUCAGCACUACGAUGCGGCAAUCGCUUCGACGUGACGAUGAACAAUCGAUAGAACACUCCGUCAAUCAGUUUGGCAGAUGGACGAAUACAUCGAUCUGGGCCGAUCUGUUCUCACUAACGGCACGGGUUUUCCGUCUGUCUUUCUGUGUUACUGCCCAUGUGCGCGUUGUACCACUGCCGCCGCCGCCGCCACCGCCGCCGCCGCUGCUGCUGCUGCUGUUGCUGCUAGCCUGGCAGCAGCAGCAGCGGCUUGUGUGUCUGCUUCAGCCAGCCAAGCAGCCUGCUAAUGCUGUGUGGCUGGCGACGAUUUGCUUUGUGCUCAUAUUGGUGGCUCGGUGCUGCUGCUGCUGCUGCUGCUUCAGCCACCCGCAGCAGCUCGACCGACUGUAGUAUAGCUACUUACUCGUGUGUUGUGCCGAGUCUAAGUCCCCUCGGCCAGCUUAUCUGGCUAGAGCCCCACGCCGUGCAAUUUUCGCCCAGUUUUGUGUUGGAAAUCGUCGCCCUCAACGAUCCAGUGAAGGAUAGGGACGGGUGCACAGCCAAAAUGGCUUCAACCGAGGCUGUCACCGAUAAAAAAGAGAACGGCCACAUUAACGGUAGUAUCGAAAAUGGGGACGCCCAUAAAAAUGACGAGAAGAGGCACUCGUCAUCGGGACAUCGGGACUCAUCUGCAAAAGACAAAGAUCAUCAACGAAGCAAAGACAAACACUCAUCAUCGUCAAAAGAUAAGGAUAAGCACCGAUCAUCUUCGUCGCAUCACUCCUCUUCAAAAGACAAAGAUCGCCAUCGAUCAGAUAAGGACAAGGAUCGACAUCGCUUAGAUAAAGAGAAAGACCGGCACCGAUCUGAUAGGGACAAGGAACGGGCGGACAAGGAUAAAGACCGACAUCGGGAUAAACAUCGAUCGUCGGAUAAAGAUAAGCACCGAUCAGACAAGGACAAAGAUCGGGAUAAGGACAAACAUCGGUCGUCGGACAAAGACAAAGAAAAAGACAAGCAUCGGUCUUCCGAUGGCAAGGACAAGGAUAAGGAACGGAAGUCACACUCAUCUUCAUCUAAGGACAAGGAUAGGGAUAGAGAAAAAGACAAAGACCGGCACUCAACCUCGUCGAAAAGCAAGGACAAAGAUCGACAUUCUUCGUCGUCGUCGCACCAUAAGGACAAACACUCGUCCAGUCACCACAGGUCUGAGAAAGACAGAGAAAAGGAUCGCCAUCACUCGUCAUCGCACAGAGACCGGGAGAAGGACCAGGAGCGGCGAGAACGAAAAGGACGAGAGAAGCGCGAAAAAGAGGAGGCUGAUCGAAUGAAGAACGGCGGUCCACCUCCAAACAAUAAUAAUGGUUCUGGUAGCGAUGCUCGAUUCGACGAUGAGUACAGUAUGGAACUCGGUUCAACGCUCGCUAACGGACUCGAGCCUGAUAUGGCCGUUAAGACUGAGCCCGACUCACCUAUGAGGUGCGAACAACCUAUGCCUCGUAUGACAAUGACGCUCGUCUCCGAAACUGUCAAGGAGGAGGAUAAGGACGAAUCGAUGGAACAGCAGGACGAGGACGAUGAUGAUGAUGCCGACGAGGCAGAUAGUGGCGCCGAUGAAGGCAAGCUAACUCUCAAGGAGGAGGAGGGCAGUGAACCGGAAGAUGCCGAAAAGGACGCGCAAGAGGAUGAUUCAGAUAAUGAGCCGUUGGCCGCAAAACUAGCGCGUGUCCGGCAGACCAAAAUCGAAGCUUCACAAGAAAGCGCUGACGAAUCGGAUGAUGAGCCACUCUCGAAGAAGCUCAGCAGAGUGAAAAAAGCACAAGCGGCCAAAAGCAGAACCGGUAAAAAACGCAAGCAUUCUCACGGCACAGAUGAUAGCGAUUCCGAUCAUGGUGAUGAUGAUGAUGAUGAUGACUGCAAGAUGGAUGUGGAUGGUAAUGAUACGAGUGAUGAUGAUGAUGAUGGUGGUGAUGAUGAUGAUGAUGCCGAAGCUGGUGUUAAUGUGGGCAACGAGCAUAAUGGGGGUGAUGAUCGAAUGAAAGGGGCGAAGUCAAGCCGACUAGCGUUCAAAGUGGAGCCUAUCGAAAACAGUGCCACUACAGGGAGCAGUUCGGAUAACAAUGAAGACAGUCAAUCAGAGGACAGCGACGAAGAGCCACUAGCCAAGACGUUGGAACGCGCGCGGAAGCGGGCAAGACUCGAAGACCAAAGUAUAAGUCAGGAAACUGGCUAUGGGUCAACCAGUGAUUCAGACGAGCCAUUGAGCAAAAAAUUGGAAAGGUACAAGGCCAAGAGCAAGAUGAAGGCACACAAGAAUAAGUUUAAGACUGCUUCUGAUGACGACGAUUGGGGAGCUGGUGGUGACAGCGACGAUUCGGGAGCCAUGAAGAAACGAAAGAAGACGGCAAAAACGAAAGCUUCAACGAGAACGCCGGUUAAAAAGGGUGCCAGACCAUCGACGGACGCUGAAGCAGUUUCACCGAAGAAAAGAAAGGCUGAUGAAGAAGAGGAAGACGUCUGGAAGUGGUGGGAAGAAGACAAAAAGCCGGAGGGCGUCAAGUGGAAUACUCUGGAACAUAAGGGACCUGUAUUCGCCCCAGAUUACGAACCUCUCCCAGACAAUGUGCCUUUCUUCUACAACGGAAAGAGGAUAAAGCUUAGCCUUGAGGCUGAGGAGAUCGCCACGUUUUAUGCGCGCAUGUUAGACCACGACUAUACACAGAAGGAGGCAUUUAAUAAAAAUUUUUUCCACGAUUGGCGGAAAUUCAUGACAGCACAGGAAAAAGAAACAAUAAGUGACCUAAAAAAGUGCGACUUCAGCAAGAUGGCUAGCUACUUUAAAGAACUUAGUGAGCUGCGCAAGAACCGCACUAAAGACGAAAAAUUAGAGGAGAAGAAAAAGAAUGAGGCACAGAUAAAGGAGUAUGGCUUCUGUAUCAUUGAUGGGCACAAGCAAAAAAUUGGUAAUUUCAAGAUUGAGCCGCCCGGCCUGUUCCGAGGGCGUGGUGAGCACCCCAAAAUGGGCAAACUCAAAACACGCACGCAACCUGAGGAUGUGAUCAUCAACAUCGGCAAAGAUGCUCCUAUACCCCCGCCACCAAAAGGCCAUAGAUGGAAAGAGGUUCGGCAUGACAAUACCGUAACAUGGCUGUGCUGCUGGACAGAGAAUAUCGCUGGUAGCAACAAAUAUAUUAUGCUCAACCCCUCGUCGAAGCUCAAAGGUGAGAAGGAUUUCCAAAAGUAUGAGACGGCGCGCCGUCUUAAAAGCUGUGUAAAAAGUAUUCGCGAUAACUAUCAGGCCGAUUGGAAAUCAAAGGAGAUGCGCAUUCGACAAAGAGCCGUCGCACUUUAUUUUAUCGACAAGCUGGCUCUUCGAGCGGGUAAUGAGAAGGACUCUGAUGAGCAGGCCGAUACCGUAGGUUGCUGCUCGCUGCGAGUUGAACACAUCCGACUGCAUGAUGAGUUGGAUGGCAAGGAAAAUGUCGUGGAGUUUGACUUUCUCGGAAAGGAUUCCAUCCGAUAUCAGAACGCCGUUCCAGUCGAAAAGCGGGUUUAUAAAAAUGUUAAGCUAUUCUGUGAAGGCAAGAAACCUGGCGAUGACCUUUUUGACCGACUAAACACGACGAUCUUAAACAAACAUCUCAACGAGCUCAUGGAAGGAUUGACGGCCAAGGUGUUCCGUACCUAUAAUGCCUCAAAGACCCUUCAGGAGCAGCUUGAACAGCUGACCGAUCCUGACAUGUCGAUAGCCGAGAAGAUGCUAGCAUACAAUAGGGCGAAUCGGGCCGUUGCCGUACUUUGUAACCAUCAACGGGCGGUGCCUAAGACAUUUGAAAAGAGCAUGGAAAAUCUUCAGAAGAAGAUUGAUGAAAAAGAGGAUCAAAUCAUCGAGGCGAAGCGUGAGUAUCGGGAAGCAAAGAAGCACGCUGACAAAGCGACCGCCGAGAAGAAGCAUAAACGUCUACUGACACUUGAAGAUCAACUAAAAAAACUUCAGGUGCAAGCUACUGACCGUGAAGAAAAUAAGCAGAUCGCGCUCGGCACCUCUAAGCUCAACUAUCUCGAUCCCCGCAUAUCUGUAGCCUGGUGCAAAAAGUGGGGCGUACCCAUUGAGAAGGUUUACAACAAGACCCAACGAGACAAGUUCCGAUGGGCCAUUGAGAUGGUGGAGGGUGACUACAAGUUCUAGUUUUCUCGAUGGCUAUCAUCAAUCUGUCAUAUACUUAUAUACAUAGAUAUAUACAAAACAAAAAAGUCUAUAUAUAAAAUAUAAAUACGAUCCGAAUCUUGGACGCGGAAGGCCCUGCCAUAGUAGGGGCCGCCAUCUGCCACUGCUGAAGCGACUGCUGUAUGAACUAGUUCUGGUCAUCACUGUUCGUUUGCGUGGUACAAUGAUUUAUCUAAGUAUAUAUAUAUAUAUAUAUAUAUAUAUAUAUAUAUAUAUAUAUAUAUACGCGCAUCAUACAUCUGUCAAUCAAUCAAUCAACCUACCAGACGACUGAUCGCCGUUGUGAAUUCCGUAGAAAAACUACUGAACAAUGCCGGCUGUAUUGUUGCCGAGCAGGGAAAGAGGCACGAACAGAAACGAACGGUUGUUAGCCGGAACGGCCCGCAGAUAGUACCCGGCGGAGUAAAUACGCACUCAUAAUUUUCUAGCCCUUUUCACUUUUUUGAACGUUUGUGUAUCUGCCACUAGCCAUUAUGACACUCUGUCACUUAUAUCGGGCCGCACAACGAGACGCAAGCUGGGGAGAGAGAGCGCGAGAGAAAGAGCGAGAGAGAAAGCGAGAGAGAGCCUGUGUAGUUAGGUUGAAAGCAGGGUUGAUGGUAGGCCUAGCACAGGGGACCUUCUUGCGCCCGAGACGAGGAAGACUAAGACUGAACGAACUAAGUUACAUACAUUAUGCUUGAUGGUAAUGAUGAUGAUUAUGACGAUGGCGGCGAUGAUGUUGGUGGAAAAUACGCAGUAACGAGUAUAUUAAUGUAUACAUGUAUUCUAAGCUAUAAAAAAUUAUCAUGAGAGAAGAUAAGGAAAGAGAAUUGAUAUAAAUAUUAUAUCUACUAGACAUUUGGGGUAUCAAUAGGGGCUGGUAGUGGAGCUCUAUGUAUGACUGCAUGUUUGUGAGAGAAAGCGGGAAAAACUAGAGAAAAAUACAUAAAAAGGUUAUUAGGUGGGUGUCACUAGAACCUCGCGCGAUACAUUCAGGCAAAUUAGCCAGCGCAAAAAAUAGUGAUGGUAAUAGCACAGUAACAAGUGAAAACAUAAAGGAAAAGCGACAAUAAACACACAAACACAUAAAAUAUAGCGUAAGUUGAAUAUAGAGUCGUAUUGAAAUUAUGGGGAUCAUGAAAAGUAAUUACCCAUGCUAAAAAUGAGCGGUAGACUGGAGAUGGAAGAAUGAAAAGGACGAACGAGGGUGAAAGGUAAAUCAAACCUGAUUGAAACGAAAAAUAGCAGUAGCUAAUGAAUAGCCAAUGAAAGCAAUCUCCACACGAAUAGAUAAGACACGAAAAACACAAACCGUAUGAUUGACAUAGACACAUUGAAGACAGACAAAGCAAUGACAAUAUGUGGCCAAGAAGAUAACAUAGACAAGGCGCAGACACUGUUCUUUAUGCGAAAAUGGCUGAGCCGACAUUAACUUUUCUUUGAAUGUGUCUCGAGGUGAAGGCGCAACAAGCAUCUAACUAAAAAAAAACUGUACUAGUAUAUAUAGAAUUAUAUUUAAAAAGAAAAUAUAUACAAACUAUUAUAAGGAUAAUGAUAAAUAAAUUAAAGAAAUAGUAGUCGAAACAAAGAUAGAUCUAGUAGACACAACAAUACAGAACAUGAAGAAAAUAGCAACGAAAAUUUACGACAGAAGUCUUCAAGGUUAACCCACGAACAGAACCUAAAUAUGGAAAAACAGAGAACGUGAAAUGAUUUAUGUUUUUGCAUAACAAAUAGCAAAUAACAAAAGUACUAGCGAAAGAAGACAAUUCUUUGUGAACUUGACAGAGACGGAGCAAAGAUAAAUAAACAUACCAACAAUUAGACCAAUAAACUUUCUAGAUACAUUUAACUGAACCAAAACAAAGAACUGGAAGCGAAAAAGGUAUGGAUCAGCUGCUGAUUGAGAAUCCAAAAGUGAAGUAAAAAAAACCACGGACGUCGGCGGAGGACACGAGAAUCGAAAGUAUUCGACGGCGCUGAUAUCUUGUAUAUGUACAUAUAUAUAAAUAUAUAUUGAUAGACGUAGCGAGCAGAACAGUAUCCUGUCGGGAUCUCCCAUUUCAAUAAAAAAAGGCAACAAAC